UCCACUACCACUAAAUCAAAAGCAUAACCGCCCAUGGCGCAUAAUAUCCAUUUAGUUGGGCCAUGGACACGUUUGGCAUGCGUGUACGCAUGAUGCAUUCAUGAUCCAUUUGCCCUCUCCUCUCCUCUCCUCUCCUCUCCCUCGAUCGCCCCACCACUUCUUCAAAAACCAACCACCUUCGUCCUCUUUCCCUUCUUCGUCUUGCUCACGCCAAGAAGCACGGCAAGAAACCGUUGGUCCAUACCAGCACGACAGGCCGGCCGGUGGUGAUUAGUUAGCUAGCUAGCUGCCGGUGGCUCUUUGCUACUAUGUACGUACAUGGGGCAGGAAGAGGACGCCCUGACCGUGGCCUUCUCGUGGGAGCAGGAGCUGGGCAUGCCAGAGAGCCCGAGGAAGCCGCCGGUGAUCUUGUCGUGGGAGCUCGAGCCGGCCGUGAAGAAGCCGGUCUCGACGGUUGAAGGACGUGGUGGUGGCAUGCGGGAGGGCCAGAGGAAGGUGCCGGCGCUGGCGAGGCGGCUGUCCGUGCCGCCGCCCCCGGGCAGGCCGGCGGCGAGGGGCUACUCGAGGGCCGUCCGGCCUGAGGACGACCCGUUCCUGGCGGCGUACCUGGCCUGCACCAAGAGCGGCGGCGACGGCGACGGCAGGAAGAUGAAGACCGCACCAACAAGGGAGGCCAAGGGCCAGAGGCGGUGGAGCGGGCUCGGGCGUGGGCUCGGCGCGCUGUCGUGCAAGAGGUCCAACGGCGUGGUGGAGCAGAGCAUGGUGAGGAUGGCCAAGCUGCCCGGGCUGGAUCCCAGGGAUGCUUAAUAGUAGUAAUUAUGUCCUAAUUUAUCAUCGUCGUCAUCUCCUCUUUUUUGUUUGGUAUGGUUUGCAGUAGUUUCUUCCUGAUAAACUUUGGUGAUUAGAUGUAGAAAGUUUGAGAACACGCUAAAUUUGUACGUGUGCUGAAGAGGAAGCAUGCAUCAUCUCAAUUGCUCAGAGAUUUGGCAGCAAUCUUCAUCUUCC